ACGGUUGUCUUGGGAGAGCAGGCUGUGACAGGGUCGAGACUGCCCAGGAUGUCCAGCUGCCUGCCAAACGUGGCCACAAUGCUGCUGACCCACAGGCCCAGGGCUCUCUUUAUCCUCACCAUUACGUUUGUGUUCCUUGCCUCUGUCAUGUUCUGCUGGAGAACCGGGGAGGAUGCUGAGGGUCAGCUCUACCAUUUGACUGCACAAAGGAGGUGUGAACAGUUUUUGCCUUUCCUUCCCCGUGCCACUGCUGAUGGGCCCCCUUCUUCUCCAGGGGACAUCUUUUUUGUGGAGACCUCGGAGCGAACUAACCCGAGUUACCUGUUCACCUGCUCUGUGGAGUCUGCAGCCCGGACGCACCCUGGGACAAGGGUUGUGGUGCUCAUGAAAGGCUUGGCAAACGGGAAUGCCUCCUUACCCAACCACUGGGGCUUCUCAUUGCUGAGCUGCUUCCCCAACGUGGAAAUGCGUCACCUGGACUUGCCAGAGCUUUUCUCAGGGACUCCUCUGGCAAAGUGGUACUCGGAGGCUCAGCACCGGUGGGAACCUUAUUUCUUGCCUGUCCUGUCUGAUGCCUGCAGAAUUGCCAUCAUGUGGAAAUUUGGUGGCAUCUACCUGGACACAGACUUCAUUGUGCUUAAGAACUUAAAGAACCUCAGCAACGUGCUUGGUAUUGAGUCUGAGAAUGUGCUGAACGGGGCCUUUCUGUCCUUCAAACCCAAACACAAGUUCAUAGAGCUUUGCAUGCAGGAUUUUGUAGAUAACUACAAAGGCUGGAUUUGGGCCCACCAGGGCCCAGCACUCUUAACACGUGUCUUCAAGAAGUGGUGCUCCAUCACUAAUAUCCAGAACAACAUGAGCUGCAAAGGUGUGACUGCUCUUUUCCGAGAAGCCUUUUAUCCUAUUUACUGGGAGGACUGGAAGAAGUUAUUUGAAGCAAUCAGCUCCUCAGAGCUUCACAAGCUCCUUAUUAACACCUAUGCGGUGCAUGUAUGGAACAAAUUGAGCCACGGGACAAGGCUGGAGAUCACAUCCCAGGCUUUGCUGGCUCAGCUCUAUACUCAGUUCUGCCCUGCCACAGCUGCGAAGAUGAAGAGCAGUAAAGGCCUGUAA